CUCAGUGACUUAAACGCUCCCAUUGGGCUCGGAUCGUUACCAUGCGGCAUCUGGUACUUCUGGCCGUUAUUUACGUGGCUCUGGUUCUGGCCAAGCCGGCGACGGAGACGCCCCGUCUGCUCAUCGACUCAGCGCCCUCGGUGGUCUCCUACCAGGGCUCCUCGCAGGCCCAGACCCGCUUCGUCAUCGCGCCCAUGGGCCGGGCACUGGGCUACGUGGAGCCCACCAACCUCAAUCGAACCUUCCACACGAAGGCAACGCAGGAGGGCGGCGCCACCGGCUACGAGCAGCUUAAUCUGAGUCCGGUCUACGUGCCGAGUAGCUAGGCAAUGGAAUCGCAAUGGAGGCGCUUAGUUUUAGUUAGUUAAAUGUGUAAAUAAAGGCAGUGUGUAUAACAACGAAA